GGCGGAUGGAUAUUUAAAUUGGUCGUCAGGUGUGUUGUAAAUCUUUUUGGGAAUAGCGCGUCAGCCAAUCAGAGCUGAAGACGGACUACUUUUCUGGGCAGCUGCCACAAGCUACCUUGGAAGAAACAUCGAGCGAAGCAGGCAGGCAGGCAGGCAGCUAGCUUGAGCGUGACGUGCGACGUUCACUCUGUUGGACCUUGUUGACCUCCCGAGUGUCUGUGUGUUCCGUCCGGACCACGUUUUGCGGGAGAAAAUGACUCGGCUUUGUCACGGACGCGGUGGUGGGGCAGACCCGCUGUCACGGAAGCAACGCCGGAGAGCAAGUUUACGCUGAUGGGACCGCGAUUAGGAACGGGGACGCAGGCAGAGGCAGCCAUGAGCCCUCCACGCCGAUCAUCGAGUUCCCAUGGCGACAGGCCCUCAACUGAGACCCUUCAGAGGAACAACAGCAGCAACUCUGGUGUCAUCCUGGACAUUUCUGCUCUCAAGAUGGCUGAAGUGGAUACCGAAGUGCCUCCCCUUCCGCCUCGCUACCGCUUCAGGGACCUCCUGCUGGGCGACCAGACCUUUCAGAACGAAGACAGGGUGCAGGUGGAGUUCUACGUCAACGAAAACACCUUCAAGGAGAGACUGAAGCUUUUCUUCAUCAAAAACCAAAGGUCAAGCUUGAGGAUCCGCCUGUUCAACUUCUCCCUGAAGAUCCUCACCUGCGUGCUCUACAUCGUGAGAGUCAGCCUGGACGAUCUCAAGGAGACCAACGGAAACCCGUGUCACAACUCAAUGAUUCGGGACUCCAGCUGGCCCAAUUCAACAUCGGAGUCACCAGAAAUCAACUGGAAGUUGAUUUUCUGGGUUACCAGACCGGAUCCAUUGUGGGCUAUCCAAGUGACCGUGGCUUUAAUCAGUUUUUUGGAGACCAUGCUGAUCACAUAUCUCAGCUACAAGGGCAACAUUUGGGAGCAGAUAUUCCAGAUAUCCUUCAUAUUGGAGAUGAUCAAUACAGUGCCAUUUAUUAUCACCAUCUUCUGGGAUCCUUUACGAAACAUAUUUGUUCCGGUUUUUCUAAACUGCUGGCUUGCCAAAGGGGCGCUGGAAAACAUGAUUAAUGACUUCCACCGUGCCAUCCAGAGGACACACUCGGCCAUGUUCAACCAGGUGUUCAUCCUCAUCUGCACUUUACUGUGUCUGGUUUUCACCGGAGCGUGCGGCAUCCAGCACCUGGAGAGAGCCGGAAAGAACCUGACCCUGUUUGACUCCUUCUACUUCUGCAUCGUGACCUUCUCCACCGUGGGCUACGGAGAUGUGACGCCUCAGAUUUGGCCCUCGCAGCUACUGGUGGUCAUUCUCAUUUGCGUGGCCCUGGUGGUGCUCCCGCUGCAGUUUGAAGAACUCGCCUACCUGUGGAUGGAGAGCCAGAAAUUAGGCGGGAACUACAGUCGCCACCGAGCACAGACGGAGAAGCACGUGGUGUUGUGUGUCAGCUCGCUGAAGAUAGACCUGCUGAUGGAUUUCCUCAACGAGUUCUACGCUCAUCCCAGGUUGCAGGAUUAUUAUGUGGUGAUCCUGUGUCCCACCGAUAUCGAUAUUCAGGUUCGCCGCAUCCUCCAGAUACCUUUGUGGUCCCAGAGGGUCAUUUAUCUUCAAGGGUCCGCCCUCAAAGACCAGGACCUGAUGAGGGCCAAAAUGGACGACGCCGAGGCGUGUUUCAUCCUGAGCAGCAGGAACGAGGGUGACCGAACUGCCGCAGAUCAUCAGACUAUUUUGAGGGCUUGGGCCGCAAAGGACUUUGCUCCUAACUGUCCGCUCUACGUGCAGAUUCUCAAGCCGGAGAACAAAUUCCAUGUGAAAUUUGCUGAUCACGUCGUGUGUGAGGAGGAGUUCAAGUACGCCAUGCUAGCACUCAACUGCGUGUGUCCGGCCAUGUCCACCUUAGUGACGCUCCUCGUUCACACCUCCAGAGGACAGGAAGGGCAGUUGUCACCGGAGCAGUGGCAAAGGAUGUACGGACGCUGUUCCGGCAACGAGGUCUACCACAUCCGAUUAUGCGACAGCAAGUUUUUCGGGGAGUACGACGGCAAGAGUUUCACUUACGCCUCCUUCCACGCUCAUAAAAAGUACGGCGUGUGCCUGAUCGGUGUUAAGCGGGAAGACAACAAGAGCAUCCUGUUGAACCCCGGCCCGCGCCACAUCAUGGCCGCCACCGACACCUGCUACUACAUCAACAUCACCAAGGAGGAGAACUCGGCCUUCAUCUUCAAACAGGAGGAGAAGCACAACAAGAGCCUGUCGGUCUCCGGGCUCUACGACGCCCCCUGCAGGCUGCCCGUGCACAGCAUCAUUGCCAGCAUGGUUGAUCAGGCCACUUCAUAUGGCACCGUGGCCAUCGACCUCCAGAACCCCGAUCCACCGGAAGAAACCAGCAAGCUGGCUCUGCCCACGGAGAACGGCUCCGGGAGCCGCAGGCCGAGCAUCGCGCCGGUCCUGGAGAUCGCAGACUCCUCCGCCAUUCUACCGUGCGACCUCCUUAGCGACCAGUCAGAGGACGAGACCAACCAAUCGGACGAGGAGGGCUCCGUCGGAUCAGAUUUUGUGAAAGGCUACCCUCCCAACUCACCCUACAUCGGCAGCUCUCCCACACUGUGUCACCUCCUUCCGCAGAAAGCUCCAUUUUGCUGCCUGCGCCUUGACAAGGGCUGCACGCACAACAGCUUCGAAGACGCCAAAGCGUACGGCUUCAAGAACAAGCUGAUUAUCGUGUCGGCUGAGACGGCGGGCAACGGCUUGUACAACUUCAUCGUCCCCCUGAGAGCGUACUACCGACCCCGGAAGGAGCUCAACCCCAUUGUGCUUUUGCUGGACUACCCGCCAGACAACCACUUCUUAGAGGCCAUUUGCUGCUUCCCGAUGGUCUACUUCAUGGCCGGCACCAUCGAUAACUUGGACAACCUACUGCAGUGUGGAAUCAUCUACGCUGACAAUUUGGUGGUUGUGGACAAGGAGAGCACCAUGAGUGCCGAGGAGGACUACAUGGCCGACGCCAAAACCAUCGUCAAUGUCCAGACUAUGUUCAGAUUAUUCCCGAGCCUCAGCAUCAUCACCGAGCUCACGCAUCCGUCCAACAUGAGGUUCAUGCAGUUCCGAGCCAAGGACUGCUACUCGCUGGCUCUUUCCAAACUAGAGAAGAUCGAACGAGAUAAGGGCUCCAAUCUGGCCUUCAUGUUCCGCUUACCCUUUGCGGCAGGGAGGGUGUUCAGUAUCAGCAUGCUGGAUACGCUGCUCUACCAGUCAUUUGUGAAAGACUACAUGAUAGCUAUAGCCAGGCUGCUUCUCGGUUUGGACACGACACCAGGUUCCGGGUAUCUGUGCGUUAUGAAGAUCACAGAGGAGGACCUGUGGAUCAGAACGUACGGCAGACUCUUCCAAAAACUCUGUUCCUCCAGCGCCGAGAUCCCCAUCGGGAUCUACCGCACCGAGUCGCACAUGUUCUCCACAUCCGAGUCUCAGGUGUCCAUCAACGUGGAACAAGGCGAGGAGCAGCAACGCAAGCGCAAGGAGUCGUGGAAGGAGAAGACGGCGCACCGGAACUCCAGCGCAAGCGAGCAGUCGGAGCACCCGCUGCUGAGGAAGAAGAGCAUGCAGUGGGCCCGGCGCCUGAGCAGGAAGAGCACCAACAAGCCCUCCAGCCGGGCCGAGCGCAUCUCGCAGCAGCGCCUCAACCUGUACCGCCGCUCCGAGCGCCAGGAGCUGUCCGAGCUGGUCAAGAACCGCAUGAAGCACCUGGGCCUGCCCACUGUGGGAUACGAGGAUGUUUCAAAUCUCACUGCGAGCGAUGUGAUGAAUCGAGUAAAUCUAGGAUAUUUGCAAGAGUUGCAGGACAUAUCAGAACAGCCGUAUACAGACGGGAGCCGGCCGUCAGAGCCGCAAGCAGAUGAGAUGAACGACCACCAGAACACGCUGUCCUACGUGCUCAUCAACCCGCCUCCGGACACCAUGCUGGAGCUCAACGACAUUGUGUACAUCAUCCGCUCCGACCCGCUGGCGCACAUGCCCGAGGAGUCCCAAGUAGGCCAGAAUCGGAACACUUGCAACCAGACGCACUUUGUCUCUGAAACCAGAGACGAAACGCAUCUAUGAGCCACACACGCACACACGCGCACACUAGGCAGCGUGACCUUUGCUACUUGUUUCCACUGAGCCCAAGGAUGCAUGAAGAGUGCCUCAUCGUCUUCACGUGUCGAUCACACACCUCGUAUAGCCAAUUGACACUGGAGGACGCCAGGGGUGGGCAACUUAGGGCUCGGGGGCAAUUCAUCGGGCCCACCGUGCUAUUUGAAAAACAAGUAAAACCUCAGAGGAACUGUCAUGAAAAGCCCCCCUAAAAUGCUCCUCAAGAUACGCUACUCACCAGAAGUUAGAGAUAUUGGGCUCUUCAUGGCACCCCCUACCCCGAAAAAAUGUUUUUACUUGAUUAAUAAAACACAUGUAAGUGAUAUCAUGAAAUAGAAUAUUGAAAAAAAAAAUCACAUUGCCCACCUUGGCCACCAGGGGGCAGUAUAAAACAGACAGCUGGACAUUCCUACCACAAUUCCUUUCAGCUCACCAGUAGCUGUUCUUUGCAGAGGAUAAAGAAUAUAUGACUGUGAGUACUGUUAAAUUUUCUGUGUACGAGUUCAAAUGUUUCAUUGACUUCAAUCUGAAAUUCCUCCCUCUAGCCCGAUAUCACUACCUUUCUGUAAGUAGUGUCAAAUGAAUUUAUUUAGCGUGCACACGCACACUUUGUGCCCUCGUGCCUUGCGUUGGUGGGGCCAAACCAUCAGCGCAGCCGACGUCCUAAUUCACUCCAAGCAUUUCCUCCUAAUCGAAACUAUUACUUUGCUUUGUAGUAAACACUUCAUUUAGGAGCACAAGCGUCUUAUACCACCUCCCUGUAGGGGGCGGCAUUGACUGUCAAAGAUGUGAACAUAGCUGCCAAGGUUGUCAUAACAGGUCGGUGGGCUGUGGCCAUGACUUGAUUCAAUGAUGACGGAGCGGUCGCCUCGGCAACAAGCCGCUGUCUCGGACUCUCGGCGAGCGGUGUCGAAACACUGGAAAUGUUUACGGAAUCCUCUCAGCGCCCCCCGCUGGUUAUCUGAUUGCACACGUUUGAGAGAAAGACUUUCAACUUAGUGGCGCUUAUCAGCCAUUUGGUGUGCUUUUUCUUAAGUGUUUCUAAACCUAAUUUUUGCAGUGCCGAGAAAAGAAAAAACAAGUGUUAUUCAUUGAUUUCAAUGUGUCCUCCAAUGAUCUGCUGUUUGUGCCAUUAUUUAUUGAUUUGUAAAUACGUUUUUGUACACUAUGUGCCAUUUCUCAUCCCUUUUUGGGAAUAACAGAGCCUGGCCAGCUUCCGUCAAUUGUUUCUUUGUGAUCGUACACGUCAUUUUAGACGUAAAAAAAGAGAUAUUUCAAAAUGAAUUGGCCAAAAUCAAUUCAGUGGAACCCCUAAAAUUGUGUUCCAUAUUGCCCGAUUGGUGUCAUUUUAAAACGGAAUUUCUUUGUGUAAAAAAAUUCAUGUGCCGUAGUUUGGGUGUUAGACACCCCGAAUUUGAACUCUACAAACUUUUUUUUUUUUUGUGAACCUAAAAAGAUUCAGAAUCAAGAAUUGGUUUGAACCAGAAUCAAGUCAUUGAAAUUCAAAUGAUGUCCAACUCUAAAUGUGACUGCAGUUGGGGAUAGACCAACUCGUCACUUUCCAUUAAAAAAAAAAAAAAAAAAAAAACAUAAUUAAUUGUGUAUGCCAAAUGUUAGUCUCGGUCAGGCUCUUAAUUUCUUGAUUCAACAUAAAUGUCAGACUGAGGAUUUAAGGUUUGUUUGUUUCUUGUGAUGCGCCACUCCGGGUUGCAGCGUUAAUUGCUUUCUUUUUGUGUGACUUUGUACGCAAACUAACGUUUAUCCUGCAAUGAGACGUGAAAGAUGACUAUUUUUGCACUAAUGGAAUAUUUAUGGCAUGACCCUUUAAUUCCCUAACUCUUGUCCAUUGUUCAACAUAUCACGUUUUGUUUUCCUCGCAGGCAAAUGUAAACAACAACACACACAUUCGAGCGUGCAUGUUCAAUUUAUUUAUUUAUUUUAAGGCCUAACUUUAUCCGUUGGUCCAUUUUAAAAGAAGUUUCGGGACCCGAGGAGUUGAAAGGCUUCCAACAUUCCACAGUGUGUGCUUCUCUCCAGUCUAAGGGCAUGUUCAAGGGAUUUUAAACAAACAGCAUGUUUUUUGUUUAUUUUUAUACGCGAGCUUGCCAAGAACAAUAAUGUGUACCCGUUAGCCAAUGUCGGAGCCGCCGUUUGAUACGCCGUCUUUCUUAUAUGAACGGAACAUGCAUGUCGUUUACGUGUCAGCAGCCUGCGUGUCAUGUUUGCCACCUCAGUGUUCGACUACAUGCAUUUUGUACUAUUUUUCUUAUGAUGGGAAGGUCAAGGUUGAAGGUCAUGAACAAAUAAAAGCUGCAUGCAGCCAGUUCCA